AUGGUAAAAGGACCUGCAGUGCAACAUUUUUUGAAGAUGUUAAAGGAUGAAUGUGUAUCCAUCUGGACAUCUGGAAGGCAACUGUGUGAUGCCGUGAGUUUGACUGGAAAACCAUGUGUUCAUCAAAGACACAGGGUUGAGGAAGUUGAUUCCCUUUCGGCAGAUGCCAAGCCACAUUCAAGUGGAUAUGUUUUCCUCCAUGCAUGUCCCUGUGGCCGUUCACGGCAAUUACGAGCUGACCCUUUUGACUUCAAAUCUGCCAACGAUGUCAACUGCUCUUCAGAUUGUGAAAAGCUACUCCCUGCACUUCAGUUACCCAAAAUAAGCAACAGAGAACCUAUUAAUGCAUCCUCAUGGCGUUUGUUACGUCUUGGGAAUUCAAAGUACUAUGAUCCUUCCAAAGGUUUACUGCAGAGUGGCUUCUAUCCCACUGAAAAAUAUCUUCUGAAAUGGACGAUUUACCUGGAAAAGCAGAAGAAGAUGGAUGAUUUACCACCAAAGACAAUUCAACUAGAUGAAACAGUUAGGGCAGACACGGACCUGGUAUCUGAUUUUAAUGCAUCUACGGACAUGAAGAGGAACUUUAAUAUGAAAUCAUACUCGGGACAUGUGCAGCAUGGCAUUGACAAUUCAGGGAAGACUGAUGAUAUCUUUUCUGACAGCAAAACAAUUAGCUUUGGGAGAGGUUUUCCCAAUUUUAUGAUCAAAAGACCUUUUUCCGAGGUAGUUGCUGGAUCUACAGCUGCUGAUUCGGCUUUUCCUCCUCUCCGGCAGAGGAAACAGCCUCCAUUAGUUACAGAAAAGGUGAUUAAGCAAACCAAUACAGCAGGCAGUGCUCCAGAACAGAUACACACAUAUGUUGAUAAGAAAGCAUCAAACAGGUUUCAGGGUAUUUCUGAUCAACUUGAUUCAAAUAGGAUUGGUUCUGAUAAUUUUCACAUGGGUAACCCUUUUGUACGGAUAGGUAGUAAUGUUAUAUCCGUAAACACGAGUGCUGGUGAAAUGAUCUCAUCAAAAGCAUCCUUGAAGAAUGUCCCAGCUUAUUUUGGGUUUGAGUAUGAGUGUCCACAUGGACAUCGUUUUCUGCUGAAUCGAAAGUAUCUUGAUGAACUUGGGUCAUUGUAUUCACCACAAAACGAUUCUGACUUUUCUCCAUCGGAUGUGACUUCUGAGUCUAGUCAAUUGGAUGAGAAUGGUGGUCAUAAUAAAGUUCAAUUGGGCUCAGAUGGGAUAGCAUCCACCAGAAAGAAGGUUACUCCUCCUUUUCCAGUCGUAUUAGCCAUUGAUCCAGUUGUACAAUUUGAGGCAUCUUGUCUACCUCUAUCCAUUCCUGAUUGUGGACAGAAAUUGCAAUUCAACCUUGGAUGUCAAGUGAUUUUACCAAUGGAGAGCUUUCUUGUGCUUAGGCUUCCUUUUAUCUAUGGCAUACAACUUGAGGACCAGUCGUUGCAUCCUCUUAAGCCCUUCGAACAUCAGCCUGAGAAAACUGCCUGGAUAAAAGAAUGCACGACUUUGAUGAUUGUGUCCAAGGAAGGUGGCCCUACUGAAGGGGAUUCUGCACUAGAUUGA